AUGGCUACUGCUGGCAACCUCCCAAGAAGACACGACCUCGUUGAUCCAAUGGAGUUCUUGUUUGUGAGGGUUGCAAAGAUCAGAGACUUACCAUACACCCUUGAUUCUUACGUGGAAGUAAAACUGGGAGACUUGCAUGCUUCAACUUGUUUCUAUACACCCCCAGAAUGGAACCAAGUGUUUGCUUUUGAGAAAGAUUCGAUCGAUGGCUCAGUCUCAAACAUGUUGGUUUCGGUGAAGGACAAGAAGGCACCUUCGAAAAUGUUUGAUGCAUUUUUUGGUUGUGUUCAGUUCAGUCUCAUUGAUGUUCCAAGGAGUAUGUCACAGGAAUCUUCAUUGGCAUUGGCACCCCAAUGGUACAGGCUAAAGGGUCAGGAUGGGAGACAACUUGUGAAAGGCGACAUCAUGUUGUCUAUGUGGUUUGGAACUCAGGAAGAUGAAUGUCUUCCUCAUGCUUGGUGUUCACCAACCACAAGUAAUGAUGCUGUUGCUGUUGGUCAUACUCGUUCCAAGGUGUAUAUCUCACCAACACUUUGGUACCUCAGAGUCAAUGUGGUUAAAGCACAGGACUUGAACUUGUUCAGUGCUCCCCCAGAGAGUUCAAAUGUUUUUGUCCAAGUUGAUUUGGGGGCACCAACGCCAGAUAACAAAGCUUUGCAAGAUGUCAAGCAAGGGACACUGGAUCAAAACUGGACCCUGGGAAGGCAUGAGCUGAAUUUGAAAGAUGUGGAUAAGAGACUAGAUAAUGGGCGUGUGAGUAGCAAAUGGUAUAACCUUGCUAUGUGUUCAUCAUCAGGGGAAGUGGAGUUGUUGUUUGCUGGUAAGAUCAAUGCAAGGAUCUCAUUAGAUGGUGGCUAUCAUGUCAUGGAUGAGCCUGCUGAAUGUUGCAGUGACUUUAGGCCUUCAGCGAAGAAGCUUUGGAAUCCUUGCAUUGGGGUGUUGGAAGUAGGGAUCCAAAAGGGUACAAAUUUUGUGGCAAUGAAAAGUGGAGCUAAAACUGAUGCUUAUUGUGUAGCCAAAUAUGGGCCUAAAUGGGUGCGUACAAGGACAGUUAUUGGUAGCCUCUCACCAAUGUGGAAUGAGCAAUGUACUUGGGAAGUGUAUGAGCCUUCCACAGUGAUCACUAUUGGUGUGUUUGACAACAACCAGUUAGAUGCUAAUAGUAGAGCUAGAGGAGUGAGGGAUGCUGCAAUGGGAAGGGUAAGGAUUCGGUUGUCAACACUUGAAGAUGGGAAAGUGUAUGCACUUUCUUAUCCACUUAUAGUUUUGCAACCUUCUGGCGUGAAGGUGAUGGGAGAGAUUCACUUGGCAGUGAAGUUUUCUUGGUCAUUCAAGUCUCAACUUCAGAAGUAUGAGUCCUAUAUGUCACCUUUAUUUCCCAAACACCACCAUGUUUUUCCAUUGUCUUCUUCACAGCUUCUUAUUUUGAGAUAUCAACCUGUUCUUAUUAUAGCAGAGAGAUUGAGCCAGGCAGAACCACCAUUAAGGAAAGAGGUUGUGUACAACAUGUUGGAUAUUAGAUCCAACAUGUGGAGCAAAAGAAAAACAGAUGCUAAUUUUAACAGGGUUGUUAGCCUUGUUGAUGACUUUGUUGCCUCUUGGAAAUGGUUACAGGACAUAAGAACUUGGAAGAGACCAAAUGCUACAUUGCUUUUUAUCCUUGUGUGCUAUGUUAUGCUCUUCUACUAUCCAAAACGCAUUUUGCCCUUGCUGAUCUGUUGCCUCGUGUGUGUUGUGUUUAAGCGUUAUUUGAAUAGGCCUAGGCUUCCUUGUCACAUAGAUGCAACAUUGUCUGGUGCUGAUGUGGCAACUCCUGAAGACUUGGAAGAAGAAUUUGACAGGUUUCCUACUCAAAUUGGAGGGGUAAGUUUAAGAAAGAGGUAUGAUAGAUUGAGAAGUGUUGCCUCUAAUGCACAUAGAGUGAGUAAUGACUUGGCCUCAAUUGGAGAGAUGGUGCUAGCUGUUUUCACUUGGAGGGAUCCAAGAGCUACAAUGAUAUUUUUGAUGUUCUGUGUUGUUGGUUUUCUAGUCACAAUUACUAUCCCUGCUAGAGUUAUCAUUUUCAUUUGGAUCACAUACUAUCUUAGACAUCCUAGAUACCGAGGGUGUGAUUUGCCUUCUGCUUCUGUGAACUUCAUCAAGAGAAUACCCUCUGGACAAGGUUCUAUACUAUGA